UGAAAGUGGUAGUAAUAGCCAAGUGGAGGAAUACGCCCCACCACUUGGGAAUAAUGCUGUUGCAACAAUUCAAAUUUUAACGUAUAUUAGUAUUUACUGGUAUUUACAUCAAGCAUACAUUUUAUAUCAUAACGAGUAUAUAAAGUAGUUAUAAUGGAGAAAAUAGAACAGCUGAAAGCGAAGUAUGUAAAAGUGGACACGUCCGUGCUUAAGAAUUUGUUACUGUCACAAACAGAAAUUGUAAAUAAAAUUAUAAAAAACCAGGAUCAACGAUGUAAUGAUGAAUCUAAAAUUAAGGAAUUAAAAACAAAGCUAGCUACUAUGAAAGAAACCCUGAGUGCAGAAACUGAAACUUUAAAGCACAAAAUUAAUGAUUUAGAGGAACAUAAUAUUUAUUUAAAAGAAUUGGAAGUGGAAAAGAAGAAGUUCUUACAAGAGAUCAAACAGUUGGAAGCACAACGGAAUAACCUAAAAUCCAAAUUAGCUAACCCAAAUUUACAAGAUCAACAAGUAUUAGAACAAGGAAGAGAAAAGUUAAAGCUAUACAAAAAAUUAACAAGAAUACAGUGGGAUUAUGAAGCUUCAAAACAUAGCAUUAAAGGUUAUGUUACAAACAAAUGUGAUUAUAUUCAUCACUUUUGUUAUGAAAAUCAAAAGAUCAAUGAAAAAUUAAUUGAUUCCUUAUGGCAUGAAAUAUAUUUGUCUACUGGUGAAAGUUCUGAAGUUAGAGAUGAAAAUCUUCAACCAAACAUUCCAGCAGUUUCAUUAUAAUUAAAUAAAUAUAUUGCAUUUAUUCAUAUCUAUUUAAAUUUACAUAUUUUAAGAUUUGAAAAUAAAUAUAUUAAACAGAGUUUAGUUUA